CAUGAUGCAUCUCUUCCCGUGCCUUUAUGAAUUACAUGGCGUAUUGUGAAGAGGCGUCUCUCUCUUUUUUCCCCCCAUUUUCUUUUUUCUUUUUCUUUCUGUGGGCUCAUUUCUCGCCUCCCUGUAGUGGUGGAUUUCUCCGUGGCUUUUGAGGCGACGCGUCUAGACGUGGAGAGCUGAAUUCCGCACGUCUUCCGAGAGCGCAUCUCAGCAUCGGCCCGCAGCGCUGCGCCAUGGCCUUGGACGUCCAGACUUGCGCGGUGUUCACGGUGAUCGCGGUUCUGGUGCUUGUGAACGUGCUGUUGAUGUUCAUCCUCGGUACUCGUUAAUGGAUCUGCGCUUGGGGCCCGAUUCGCAGCGCAGCGCACUUUCGCACAGGAGCGGGGAGAAAGGCAGUGCGCGUUGGUCGAGAGCGGGGACACCCGGCGCUCCAUCGCGGCAACGCGUUGAAAUGAAUGACGUUGUUGAUAAGUGGAGGUUCAAUCGUCAACGCUGAGGCGGUAUGGGACCAUGUGACCAUGGCAGAUCGGGAGUUGGCAUUUAAGGCCGGUGACGUCAUCAAGGUGCUGGACGCCUCCAACAAGGACUGGUGGUGGGGCCAGAUUGAUGAGGAGGAAGGAUGGUUUCCCGCCAGCUUUGUACGGCUGUGGGUAAACCAGGACGACGUAGGAGGCGAGCCAGCCGAGGGGACUAGCGAGGUGCAGAACGGGCACCUGGACCCGACCAAUGACUGCCUGUGUCUGGGCUCGCCCCUCCAGAACCGAGACCAGAUGAGGGCCAACGUCAUCAACGAGAUCAUGAGCACAGAGAGACACUACAUCAAACACCUCAAGGACAUCUGUGAGGGCUACCUGCGGCAGUGCAGGAAGCGCGUGGACAUGUUCAAUGACGACCAGCUGAGGGUCAUCUUUGGGAACAUCGAGGACAUCUUCCGCUUCCAGAUGGGCUUUGUUAGAGACUUGGAGAAACAGUACAACACGGAUGACCCACACCUCUCUGAAAUCGGACCAUGCUUUUUAGAACACCAAGAUGGUUUUUGGAUCUACUCAGAGUACUGUAACAACCACUUGGAUGCCUGUAUGGAACUGAGCAAACUGAUGAGGGACGGCAGGUAUCAACACUUCUUCGAGGCCUGUCGCCUCCUCCAGCAAAUGAUUGACAUUGCCAUAGACGGCUUCUUGCUCACCCCUGUCCAGAAAAUCUGCAAAUAUCCACUCCAAUUGGCUGAGCUUCUCAAAUACACUGCGCAGGAGCACAGUGAUUAUCGAUACGUGGCAGCAGCGCUGGCAGUAAUGCGGAACGUCACUCAGCAGAUAAACGAGAGGAAGAGGAGGCUGGAGAACAUCGACAAAAUCGCCCAGUGGCAAGCUUCUGUUCUGGACUGGGAGGGCGAUGAUAUCCUGGACAGGAGCUCGGAGCUCAUCUACACCGGGGAGUUGUCAUGGAUCUAUCAGCCCUACGGACGCAGCCAGCAGCGAGUCUUCUUCCUCUUUGAUCACCAGCUGGUUCUCUGCAAGAAGGAUCUGAUACGCCGGGACAUCCUGUACUACAAGGGCCGCAUCGACAUGGACCGCUACGACGUACGGGACGCCAUUGACGGGCGUGACGACGACUUCAACGUCAGCGUGAAGAACGCCUUCAAACUGUGCAACAAAGACAGCGAGGAGAUCCACAUCUUCCUGGCCAAGAAGCCUGAGGAGAAGAUCCGCUGGCUCAGGGCCUUCCACGAGGAGAGAAAGAUGGUGCAGGAGGAUGAGAAAAUUGGUUUUGAGAUCUCUGAGUACCAGAAGCGCCAGGCAGCCAUGACGGUGAGAAAGGUGACCAAACAGAAAGGUGUAAACAGGUGCACGCCCCCCUCAUACCCGCCCCCCCAGGACCCCCUAAGUGCGGGGCAGUAUGAGGUAACGGAGGACAUGGCACAAGGAGAGGUUUUUGAAUUCAGUCAAUCCAAAAGAGGCCAGGCUCCUUUCUGGCAGAAUUUUAGUAGAUUAGCUCCAUUUAAGAAAUAGAGAUACACAGACUCUUCUGAAGGACCAGCUAUUUUUCUUAGAAGCACUAAACACUGGAGGAUCUUGUCCCAUAAUGAAGAAAAAUACGAAAAACACACACACACAAGAGACUUUUGAAAUGAUGGACCAUUGUUAAUAUAGCGUGUGACUGGAAGCAGCAAGAGGACUGAAGACUUGGAUUUAAAACUUUGAGAAGAAUGAAAAAAACAUCACAAUUCAUAUCUGUUAGUAACGUUCUUAGUUAUCAUGCUUCUCCAGCUGAGUUGUUCGUCUUGAGCUCUUUCCCCUCGAAUUCUGCAUCUUCACGCCAUCUGAAUGUCCCUGAGUUAUUCAAAUUGUCAUAUUAAUCUAUUUUUAAUCCAAUCAUCUGGAGGAAAACACAAGGUCGGGACAGGGCGUUCCUAGUGGUAGGAUUGUGUCGAUCUUGCUGUGCUGCUAUGUGACAUUGCUUGUUGAAUUCUUCUGAAUGUGCGAUUGAGUAACGGCGGGCCCCGUGGCGUCUGAGGGACCCGUGAAAGCGCGCCCGUUGGCAUCACCCCAGCGUUCCUUCCAUCUGUCCACUGAUCACAGACCAGCCGGGCCAUCGCCGCUCGACCGAUGUCUGCGUCCGGAUCACCUCCUCACUCACAACGCUCCAUGUUCCGCUCUCUAGCUGCUCGCAUACAGUCCCCCUUCCCCACCCAACACACCCCUACACACACAACCCCCCCCCACCCCCCCCCCCCCCUCAGCAAGUGUAGUGCAGUGUCUCCCUCACUCUCCCCGUCCAUCCCUCGUCACCUCUUAUCUCUCCACCCACCUGCUUCGCCUGCGUGAGUCAGUGGCUCUCAGAGGGAGAGCUUUGCUCUUUUGGAAACCUGCCAUUGGCCAUGAUAUGAUGGGUCAGGGAACAAAUCAAUAGUUGGAACAUCAAUAGAAUAUUUACAUCCACCCACCAACCACUUUUGACAGGGUAUUCAUAAGCGUUCAUGCCGACGAUUUGCCGACAGAGCUUUGCCGCUCAGAUGAAACAGCUGGGAGCAGGAGAUAGGCAGGCCGCGGUCCACCUGCCUUGUGUCAGAGCCCCUCCCCACUCCUCCCAGAGACCACCCCUGUAGCACUGUGCCGGCAGCUCACCGGGCACUUGGAGAGAGAACAGCCGACCCCCGGAAAAAACAGCGAGAUCUAAACUAAUCACGUCAGUUGUCAAAAGAAAGACUCUUUCGUCCGGCUUCAUUAUUUCCUGUUGCUCACACUGUAAAAAGCACAGCACGCAUUCAGUCCGGGGGGUUUCCUUUUCCGCCUGUUUGAGUAGGAGCGGCGCUAAACCAGCACACGGGGAAAUGGUAAAAAACAAAACAUAUACGUAAUCUAACAGGUUGUGAGUCAGCGCUGAAAGAAUGUACGAUGCAGAAGUGUUGAAGUUGAAGCUGAUCUGUAGCAUGCAGCUGUCCUCUCACAGAUUGAUGCAUCUCUAAAGGCUACGGCUUCAAACCUUGGCACUCCUCCCCGAUGUUUUUCCAGAUCUGAUCCGUGUCCUGGCAGUUAGCUCGGCACUGUUAAGUGAUUUACACAGGACUCAAUCAGAUUGUCGUGUUGUGAGAUCCUGCCAUAUGCUACUAGCAGAGGUGUUAGAAAGGAUCCAAGCGCAAUUCACACACACCAUGAAGGUAUAUUGUUUUCUACAGUUGGAAUGUAAGUGACACACGACUCCGUGGUUUGUGAUCAUACUUUGCCCUCAGAUACAGAAGUACAUUUUGUGUUGAAUUAUAUCACCUGAUGGACCGUACAUAUACAGUAUGACAACUUGUGCAAUGUGAUAUAUCAUUAUAUAUCUUCACUAUCCACUACAACGUGAUAUGAAAGAGUUAUAUAUAGUUCUAUGUCAUUUGUUUGCCUGCUUAUAGGCCUUAUAACCUAUUGGAGAAAAAAAAGAGACCGUAGAAUUGCUUUGUAUGUUGUGUAAUUUAUGUUUUUGUUUCAGUAAAGAUGGUUUAGACCUGCGUGAGUUGGCUGCUGGUGUCUGGAGAGAUGGCUCCCAGUGAGAUUGUUUUGGAAGAUAAUUCCCUGGUUUGGCACAGCAAAAAGAUAUGGUUCCCAGGCCAUGAUAACCUCAGGUCCCGUGCUAAGCACCCCCCACCCCCCUCCCUUCUCCUCUCCAACACCCCCCAGGCUCCCUCACCUCUCGCACCACCUAACAACAUACAGACACAAGCAUGCAGGCAAACACACGAACACGCACGCACACACUUGCUGGCCCGUUCUGCUGCGGAGAAGAGAGAUGCUAUCUAACAGUGCCUUCCAGCAUUCCACUAGUGAUUAUCUAUUCCGUUUCAAAGGCAGAUUUGAAUUAGUCAUGUAUUUUCCCCUCAGUGUGCGACUUGCAUCUCUCUCUCUCUCUUUCUUUUUCUCUCUCUCGCUCAUACACUUUGGGAAUUCCUCAUUCCCCAGUGCAUGAGAUCCACUUGGACAGAAACCUUUUCCAUAUGAGUAGAUACUGUGCCGUCUGACUGAAACACACCUUCUUAUAUUAUACCACACGUGCAUAGCGCUACUUUUAAUGCACAAGAAGAGGUUCACUCUAAUUUCAGAUGUUUAGAAAACGACAUAGCAUUCCUUAAUUGUCAUAUUUAACAUGUUGAAAAAUGGUUUACUUUGAAUAUAUAGUAGGAAGCAGACUUUCAUUAGCCAAGUUAGUUUUCCCUUUUCAAGGUAUAUUAUUAGUAGUGAGUUAUGAAUCAAAAGAAGAAUCAUCUAUUUUACUGUUAUCAGCUACACACUGUAAAUAAUGUAAAAAGAACAGAUCAUAUAUUUGGAUAUUGGUAUUUUGCGUUGGAGACGAAUGUUGUUCCAGUUCUAGCGUGCGGUAGACCUCCGUACCCGGUAAAUGCAUGCUUGUGGCAUCCAAUAUUUUGCAUGAGACUUUAGACAACUCCUGACAGAUUGUUUGGUUUCAUUUAACUUCCAAUGGGAUCUUUGUUCUUUCUUUUGUUUCUCACACGCGGAACCAUUCAUUUGUGAAAGCCAUGCCAUCUCACCAGGGGGAGUUCUCUUCUCCGUCCACCCGGCUGCUGCUCACGACACCUUACAGGUCGUAGCCUGGGUUUUUGUUUGUCAGGUAGAGGGGACACAUCAAAGAAACAAAAGGCACUAAUGUUCUGUUUGCCCAGAUACAUUGGGUACUAUUAACUGUAAACUUAUUCUGAAGUCUUUAUCGACUCUUUUCUUUGACUCCAAUCUGCACUGUCAUGGUCCAAACUGCUGGUUAUUUUUUUGGAAUCCCAUUAAUCACUGAGGAAAAACGGGUAUCAUUUUUCUAUGACAACAGUGAACCAAAUAGGAGUUAGCACUGAUCAUGGGUGUUUGUGUAUAGAUUUGUAGUCAAGCAGAAGAGCUGAAUAAAUGCGAAUACCCUUUCGGGAUGAGCUAAAAAUAAAACAUAAUCCUGAAGACACACACACACACACACGCACGCGCGCGCACACAGUCCUUCAUUGCAAUUCAUAUCAUGCUCUUGUUUCUACUUAAGAAAUGAUUCUUUAAAGUGCAAUGACUUGACACUACAAAUUAAUUCCUCACUUGUAUUUAUUGAAUAGCGUAUUAAAUAGAACCAUUUUGGCCACAUUGUUCAAAAGGAUGUAUACAUUAUCUUUAUUAUAUAAUUGUCAUUCUGACCUUGUGCUGAGAACUGAGUGGACAGCUUUCUGUGUGGGAGAUUUCUUUUCCCUUCCAUUUGCGGUCACAAAACCGAGACAGACAAGUUAGCAGACUGUCAUUUGGAUGCAUCAGGGGUUGCUCAGAUUUACUUAGUUCCUUUUAGUCCAGGGUGUGCGUGAGCCCCUCACAUUUAGCAUCGCAACAUCUCCAGUAGGAACUCUCUGCAGUGUCGUUUCCGAAUAGUCAGGGUUACAAACGGAGUCUUCUACCAGCCACAUAGUGAUGUGGUUUCGGUAAAAAGAUGACUGACAUUCCGGGUUCGGAAUCCAUUCAUUGUAUAUUACCAUCUCGUUUAAGGUCUGGAUUUUUGCCUCACACAGAAAAGAUUUACUCACUGUAUCCAUAUCCCUUUGUCCCCAUCCGCAAACAUAUGUCAUUUUCUUUCUUGCUGGCCUUUGAGUUUGAUUAUUUGUUGUAGAAAUGAAAAACCUGAAAAAUAAUGCCUAUUCAAUCCAGAAACUGUGAAUGGGAGAGUGGAGAUGUCAACUGUAUGUACAUUCUAUGUUUUGAUGUAAUCAGAAGCACUGGGAAUAUGUUGUACUUCGCUGUAAAAAUAAAUCCAUAUCUGAUAUAGCUGUACUUUUGUUGAAAAUAAAACCUCUACAGAA